AUGGCUGCUAUAGAACUGAACUCUUUGUCUUCUUCAGCUGCAACACCCGGAGCUACCAAACCGCUUGCAAACACUGUAUCACCGGUACCGUCGUUGCUGGAAUUGGUGAAGGGUCCAACAGGACAUGGACGAGCUGAGCGCAUCAAACAACUUCUAAAAGAUGGAGAAAAAGCAGAUGUGAAGUCCGAUAAAGAUCGCACGUUGCUGCACAUUUUGGCCCUUCGAACGCAUCAGGCGCAGUCACCAGAAGAGCUUGAAGAAGACAAUGAUGUUCUGGAGUGUCUUGUCCAAAAAGGAGCUGAUGUGAACCAUCUUGACAAAACUGGAAUGACAGCACUUCAUCUGGCUGUCAGAGGAAACGGGUCAGAAAAGAUGAUUCGAAACUUGAUUGACAAGAAAUGCGUAAACCAAGUUGACAACACGGGAAAGACAGCUUUAGAUCAUUUGUUGUUCAGGUGGAAUUUUUUGUCUCAGACAACCCUGGACACAUUUGUCAAGGCAGGAGCAAUACUGACAGAAAGAGAUAAUCAAGAUCCUUUGUGUGCACCUUUAGUCAUGAUAUGUGGGCGUCACACUGAUGGUCACAACCUUCUGUUAUCACUGUUUGAUGAGCUUGAAUCAAAGAAUAUUCAGAAGUACGCUGAACUGAUGAUUAAAGCAGCUGUAUAUUCUGGGUCUGCAGCGGCUGUAGAGUUUUUGAACCACCCUAACGUUAUGAAGUGCCUAAGUGAAAUUUGGUAUGGUCAAUUGGAUGGUCAAUCAAGCCCACAGGAAAGAUCACAGCCACUUCGACACUAUGCCUUCCUUUUAAUACUGUUUCUUGUUCAGUCCAUAGCUCUGCCCUUUCUGUUGGUAAUUCAUCUGCCAUAUCAUGGCUGUAAUUACAAACGUUGGCUCAACCAUCUACUGGCUCCCCUUGGUGAAGUCCCAGUAAUCACAUUCAUGGCAACAUCCAUCGGUUACGUCAUAUUUAUUGCCUUGUUGAUCGCAAGGGUAUCCACCAAUGGAUAUGAAAGCAGCAUGACGCCUCUAGAGUGGAUUAUCUUUCUCUAUGUAUUGUCUCUGAUUGCGCAGGAGGUCAGACAGAUCCAACAGCAAUAUAAACAUGGGCUCUAUUUCACUCGUCAGACUAAUUGUACUGACAUACUAAUGUUAUUGCUGUUCAGUACUUACUAUGUUCUUCGCUGGAUUGGCUUCUACUCUGAUAAUGAACCAUUGAUGGAAGUACUUCGUGCAUCAGACCACAUAUUUGGAUUUGCAGUCAUUAUGGCCUGUCUCCGAGUACUGACCUGUUUUCAUGUCCAUCCUGUCCUGGGACCAAUUCAGGUGUCAUUUGUCAGAAUUAUGAAACAAGUCAUAUUCUUCUUGAUCAUACUGGGAGUGUUUCUUCUUUCAUUCGGACUUGGAAUCACAAAUAUCUACAACGCUGGCCUCUACUCUAAUAAAGGCAGCCUCCCGCCAGCUACCAGUGGGCUGUGGCCUUCCCUGAGAAGCUUGUACUGGGCCUUGUUUGGACUGAUUGAUCUAGAUGAAUUUUCCAAUAGUGAGCUGCUUGAUAGAAAUGCCGAAACAGCUGUUGGCAAGGUUGUUCUUGCUCUGUGGUUGCUGCUGUCGGUCAUCGUUCUCUUGAAUAUGCUGAUAGCUCUUGUUACAAAGGCCUUUGAAGACACACAGGAUAAUGCAGAAAUAGUUUGGAAAAAAGCAUAUGUCCGCGUCAUUGAAGACAUCACUUGCUCUCCCUCUUUUCCUAUUCCCUUCAACUUAUUCUACAUUACUGCUGAAACUAUUUACUUUUUGUUUCAGCAUCAACCAAAUUGUAAGGAUAAUGAAUUAGUUGAUGAACAACGAGACUUGCUUGAGAAGGAGAGGUACAGGUCAUUAAUGGUAGAGCAGUAUCUCAUGACUAAAGCCAAAGCCAACAAAAACACAGAUACCAUUGGUUCAUUGCAUCAGCUGUUGAGUGACAUGCAAGAGCAGAUUGAAUGUCGUCUGAAUAUUAUACAACAAAGAGUAGACAACAUGACAAAUCUGUUGGUAAAAAAUGAACUUUGACUUGAUGUCCAGAAGAUAAAACAAACCCUUGCUUUAACAUUUGUUC